AUGAUAGCAACAGUUGCUGCCGGAAAUGGUACGCGAGGUUCAGCUGCGAAUCAGCUUAAUGAUAUUCGUUGGAUAUAUGUCGAUGGGAAUUUCGAUUUGUAUGUGACAGAUUCUGGAAAUCACGGUGUUCAACAAUUCAAAUCCGGUAAACAAAAUGGUGUAACACGAGUACGAAAUGGAUCUUCUACUUAUACAAUCCCACUCACAGGUCCUACCGAAGUUGUUUUAGACUCGGAAAAUUAUCUCUUUAUUGUUGAUCACUGUAAUCAUCGUAUAGUUGGAUCCAAUCAAAAUGGUUUUCGAUGUUUAGUGGGAUGUAGUGGGCGAUGUUCUCAAGCGCAUCAAUUAUCAGAUCCGUACGGUCUUAGCUUUGAUCGUGAUGGAAAUAUCUUUGUCAGUGAUCGAUCUAACCGUCGGAUUCAAAAAUUCUCUUUGAAAAGAAGUUCGUGCCCACAACAACAAAGCCAACGCAACAAAGUUAGUCGCAAUAAAAUUUUCAAAAAGGGUAUUUUUCAAAUCUCGGAUAAAACAGAUUUUUCAGCUACAAUAGAACAAACGUCAAUGAAUUCCCCGAAAAGCACAAUAUUUUUCGUUCUUAUCGCCUAUAAAACAGAUUUUCUAACAGCUACGGAGCAAAUCUCAACGAAUUCCAAUAAGAAUACGAGUGAGAAGGUCUUCGGUGGAUCGAAAAUAAAAAUCUUUAUAUAUAUUUUGAAAGAAGACAGCGAAAUUCGUGAGAUUCGUUUUAUUGCUCAAACGACCGAUACACCACCUAUUCAUAUUCGUCGAGAUCAUAACUUUUACAUCCUUGCAAUCAUCAAAUUAAACUGUCCAAAAUCUUUUCAAGUCAACUUCAUUUUAGUUCCAUCGAUACAACAAAAAAUGAUCUCUACGUUCCCUCAGCAACUCUUCCUUACGGAAUGUAUGAAUUUAAACUCGCAGUUCAAAUAA